CGCAAGGUGGAUGAGGUACAUCCUGUUCGAAUUUCGAAGUGCUCAAGUGUCAAAAUGUGACGGUCUUCACAUUGUUGUGAGGAAAAAAGCAAAACAACGACGCUUGCUGUUCUUGUCCCAUUAUUUAAUCACUCCAUAAUCACCGAGUAACCUUUUUGUCAGCUUUUUAGUGCGAUAUUUGAUAAAUUUUUCCAAUGUUCGAAAAUUUAGUAUGAAAAUUCGUAAUUGAGUUUGAAUUCUUCGAACAUCAACGACUUUUUGUGCAAAUAGAGUUCCAUUUACCUUUUCAUCCAAGACGGAGAAUCAAAAUCUACUUGUGAUUAGGCUCAAUCACAAAAUCACGAAAGAUUUUUCAGAUAUUUUACAACAGAAGGCGGUAACUGCAUUAUGGUGGAGAUGACCCGGACACCGUGUCCGCCUGUGUUUAGUCCGCCCAUACUUGUCGCGUCAUCUAAAAAACUGUUUUGCAGCAUUUUCAUUCACACCAUCAGCACACUUCUCACAUUUUCAGUAUAACUCUCGUAGAACGACCACGUUUUACGCUCUUCGUAAUAAAAUAUCAUUACAUACACGAUUAAAUUCAGUGAUAUUUUGCAAUUUUCCAAGCUGUCUCAAAGCAAUUUAAAAUGUCUUUCACCGAAAUUGGAGGUCACAAAUUGGGAAAAUUGAUUAUAGAAGGCAAAACGAAGCAAGUGUACGAUUUGCCCAAUAAGAAAGGGCACUGUUUAAUAUUAAGCAAAGAUCGCAUUACGGCGGGUGAUGGGGUUAAAGCACAUGAUUUAGCUGGAAAAGCAGCAAUCUCCACACAAACUAAUGGAAAAGUUUUUGAGCUAUUAAAUGCAGCUGGACUCAAUACGGCUUUUGUGGAGACAGUUACCGAAACUGCCUUUAUUGCCAAAAAAUGUUUUAUGAUACCAAUUGAAUGGGUUUGUCGUCGUUUAGCAACAGGUUCAUUUCUAAGACGCAAUCCAGGCGUUCCAGAAGGUUUUCGUUUUUGUCCACCAAAGCAGGAGAUAUUCUUCAAGGAUGAUGCAAAUCAUGAUCCUCAAUGGUGCGAAGAGCAAAUUUUAGCCGCUGGUUUUGAAUUUAAUGGGCGAAAGAUAGGCCAAAAUGAGAUAGAUUUCAUGCGUCAAUAUACAAUCGUUGUUUUCGAAAUUCUCGAGAAAGCAUGGGCCACCCGACAAUGUGCCCUUAUCGACAUGAAAAUUGAAUUCGGCGUCAACGAUGAUGGUAAUAUUAUCUUAGCGGAUGUUAUUGACUCAGACUCUUGGCGUCUGUGGCCAGACGGUGAUAAACGUCUCAUGGUGGACAAGCAAGUUUACAGGAAUCUUACAAAAGUCAGUCAAUCAGACUUAGACACAGUUAAGCGCAAUUUUGAAUGGGUGUCUAAACAACUUGAUAAUAUUAUUCCUAAAAAUGAUAGUCUUGUUGUGAUUCUCAUGGGAAGUGCCUCUGAUCUGGUACAUUGCGAAAAGAUAGGCAAGUACUGUCAGGAAUAUGGCUUAAAUGUGGAACUUCGUGUUUCAUCAGCUCACAAGGGAACUCGCACAACACUUGAUAUUGUGGCAGAGUAUGAAGGAAGUCUUGGAAAGCUUGUUUUCAUUACCGUGGCUGGACGUUCAAAUGGGUUAGGACCCGUUUUAUCUGGAAAUACAACUUACCCUGUUAUUAAUUGUCCGCCUGUUGAUUAUGCUAAUGUAAAUCUGGACAUUUGGUCUAGUCUAAAUGUACCUUCAGGUCUUGGAUGUUCAACUGUAAUUUACCCAGAAGCAGCUGCUCUUCACGCUGCUCAAAUUUUGGGAAUAAACAACUAUUUCAUAUGGAGUAAAUUGCGAGUAAAGCAGUUAAAACUUCUAUCAGCUUUGCAAAAAGGUGAUGCUAACGUAAAGGGUGUAAGAACAGCUUGAAACUUUGUAAUUUUUAUGGGUAAUACCAAUCUGCAUGUGAACUAAACUUUAAUAAAAAAGAAUAUACAUACACACA